AUGAAACGAAAAGUUAAUGAUGCUCUCAAUGUUCUGAUGGGGCUGAAAAUUGUUUACAAAGAAAGAAAUAAAGAGAAGACGAUUUCUUGGGUCGACCUGCAAAAUCAAGUUCUUUUAAAGAGUCUCCUAUUGACCGCAGUUUGCCUGAAGAAGAAGAAUAAUUUUUCUAGUAUUAAAAUCACUUUUUUCUUCCAUCUUUUUCUUGAACUCGGAGAUUUUGGUGAAACGCAUAAGCAUGUUCUACUUGGUGGACAUCGCCUGGACGAAGUAACAGAAAAGGUCUUCAAGCUCAUUUCCAGCUUCUUGUGGAACAUUUGCCAGGAAGAUCAAAUGCUGACAAGGCUUUUUGAGAACAUCCGAAACGUCUAUUUGAUGAACAGAGGCGACUUAUUCAACUGUUUCUCUGACUUUCUCGCUGAGCACUUGACCGACGUAAUUUACGUCACUCCCGUCGGAUAUGCCUUUUUCAGCAUCUUUGGCCAAUUGUGUACUCCAGAUCGAAAGAAAGUCAAGCGCGGGCUUGGAAAAUACGACUUCAUCGUUUUCCGCUGCAUUAGAAUAGUCUUCGACGAAGCGAAUAACAUGGUCAUUCUUGAGUGGAAAUCAACGCCAACAGCCAUGGUCAUUCGAGUUGAUACAGAAGCAAAAGUCAUUGCCAAGGUGGAAAUGUCUAGAUGUGCAAUUUUGAAGAGCGCUGUGAAGCCGAAAAUGUCCGCUGAUGCGGCUAUUGAAAUCGCUGACGCCCUAAAAGCGGCAAAAGAUGGACGGUUUCCAAGCGGUUUCUUCGGAGAAGCAACUGUAAAUCUCGAUCAAGAAGAGCAAGAAUCUCUCGAUGCGAAGAAAAAGAGCGUCGGGACAAAGAAAGAAAAGAACGAAAACGAUAGAGGUCAAAAGAAUCAAUGA